AACUAUGGUAGCGCACAAGUUUGUUGCAGUGAUAGAUGUCCACGUGCAUCAACUAAUUUAACAACAACUGCUCAGGAUUAGGCCUGUGACUUUGUUGACCAUUUUGCACUAAUGUUGUUUUCAAGUUCAAUGACAAGCCAAAUUUGGAAUGCAGUGAUUCAAGAUACAUUUUGUUCAUAUAGAUGGAAUCUCUGUAAGCCUUUGAGAUCUAAUAAUAACAAUGGAUACCACUUUCAUGGCACUUCAACAACUUAUCUAUAUACAGACAGAGGUAGAUCCAGAAGCAAAACUAAGAAGCUCUACAUCCAGCAGGCUUCUGCAGCACUAACAGUUGAUGGUGAAGAUGCAAGUCAGAGGUAUGCAGUGGUGACGGGAGCAAACAAGGGGAUUGGAUUUGAGACAGUGAGGCAACUUGCAAUAUCAGGAGUGACGGUUAUAUUGACCGCCAGAGAUGUCAAGAGAGGUACUGAUGCUGUGGCUUCAUUGGCUUUGCCUAAUGUUGUUUUUCAUCAGCUUGAUGUUCAAGAUGAUAAGAGCAUCCAUUCUUUGGUCAGUUUUAUUUACGAAAGAUUUGGGAGGCUUGAUAUCUUGGUAAACAAUGCAGGCGCUUCUGGUGUGACUGUUGAUGAGGAUGGCCUUAGAGCAAUGAAAAUAGAUCCUAAUUCUUGGCUCUCAGGCCAAGCAAUGAAUGUUGUUCAGGGUGUUGUUAAAACAAGCUACCAUACGGCAAAACAAUGUCUGGACACCAACUACUAUGGGGUGAAGAGAGUUACCGGAGGACUUCUUCCACUGCUAGAGCUUUCCACUUAUGGAGGGAGGAUAGUUAAUGUCUCCUCCCUCCGCAGUGAAUUAAGGAGAAUCCCAAGUGAUGAGAUAAGGAAAGAACUCGGUGACAUUGAAACUCUAACUGAACAAAGAAUUGAUAAGAUAGUUGACAAGUUUUUCCAUGACCUGAAACACGACAUGCUUGAAGCGAAUGGAUGGCCAAUGAUGUUGCCAGCUUAUAGCAUUUCCAAGGCAACUCUGAACGCGUAUACUAGAGUUCUAGCAAAGAAGUAUCCUAAUAUGUGCAUAAACUGUGUCCAUCCAGGUUAUGUUGAUACUGACAUAAAUUGGCACACGGGGACAAUGACUGUGGAACAGGGUGCUAAAGGUUCAGUUAUGCUGGCUCUUCUUCCUGAUGGAGGCCCUAGUGGUUGUUAUUUUGAUCAAACUCAAGUUGCUGAAUUUUGAUUGCAUUUCUUUCAACAUAAGAAUGCUAAUCCCAGUUUUUAAAGAUUAGUUUCUUUAGUAUUUACAGUCGGGAUCUGUUUCGAAUAAGCAUUUUAGUUGUGAAAAUUAGGAUUCAGUGAA